AAUAGAAAGAUACAAAAUUAAAUAGAAACAAAAUCCAUUAUAAGCCGGAAAUUACAAGCUUGAAAGAUACAGAUAUAUAUAUAUAAGCGUAUAACUUGAAAGUUACGAGAAAGGUGUGUAGAGAGAGUUAAUAUUUAAGAAGAGAAAGAUAUAAAAUUAAAUAAAAAGAAAAAAAAAUUAAUAGCAAGUCGGUAAUACAAGCUUGAAAAAUACAGAUGUGCGUGCGUCGUGUGUGUCUGUGUGUGUGUUAAUAACUUGAAAGUUAUAUAAAGUUAUAACUAAUUAAUUUAAAAAAAUGGAAAGAUACAAAAUAAAAUACAAACAAAAUACUUGCAAGUAGAAUAUUUUAAAUUGAUCGUAUUUAUAGAAUUUCAGAAGCGCAAGCUUUGAUAUCGAACGUGAGAAUAUAGUAAUAUGAAAUUAGUGAUUGCAUGCAAUGUAAAAGUGGGUGCGCUCUAGUAUUACUAAUUAGACAGUAGAAAGCAGUCUUGGGUUGCAGUCGUGGAGCUGUUACCUAGCUACUGGGCAAAAGUGGUGCUUAGUAUUCGGAAGAAGUAUUUGUUUAAUUUGUUUGAUUUGAAAGUCAUCCAAUACGAUGUACGGUAUUUCUUAAAGCUAUAUAUAUAGAGAUAUAUAUACUAGUAUAUUCCUCUGUUAAACAUAACGGACAACUAAAGUCAAACAAACAUUUUUGUUUUUAUUUAUUUUAUUUUUGAUUAUUUUCUUCGAAAUAAUAUAUCAAGCAUUCGCAUUAAGACUGUAUAUGUAUAUGUAUUAUACGAUAUAUUCUACGAUUCCAAAUGUAAAAUAAACAUUCUUUCCGCUAGGUAGGUUAUCAAUCAUCGAUUGUUUAGGAAAAUACUAAAACGUACUUAAGAUAACCUAUUAUUUGCACAUCGGAAAAUCGAGAACUGCUAGAAAAUUCUAACAAAAUACAAUUUUUUCCGUGGUCCCGAUUUUAAACUUAAACCUUUGAAUUUAUAGAAAGCACGUAAUAUAGAACAAACAACGUGAGAUACAGAUUGUAUUCUGUUUUCUGUGUUUCGUAUAUCACAAAUUAUAAAUCAUUCGAUUAAUUCAUUUCUAGUAACGAACUUCAAUAUUUCUUCUCUCUCUCUCGUUCCGUACUUCACGUCAGUCGUACACCGACCUUCUCUCUCUCUGUCUCAUUUUUAUUCAUUUAAGGUCUUGUAAUUAAUUUUUUCCGCAAGCUAAGUAGCUUAAAUCUUCCGUUGGAUUAUAAGAAUUAUAAGGAACAAUUAUACGAAAUUUCAUCUUGAUUGGAUAAGAAUAGUAGGAACUUUUGAAAAAUUACGAACACACAGAUUAAGGUUAUCUUGUGUGUGUGUAUAUCUCAUUCUAUUUGAAAAUAAGGUAUAAAUAAUAAAUCACACACGUUACGUCGUCUUAAACAUAGACGAUUAAUUACUCGCGUAAAUAGAAAGUUCUAUCGAAUUACGAUAGCGAAGGAUAUCGUAAUCACUUUUACAUUAGUGAACUUCUAAUGACAGUAAGAGUUUGCAACCUCAUUCAAACGUGUUACGCGGCAUAAUAAUAAUCAUUAGAAUAACCAACUCAGGUAAUAACAUAACUAUAAUAAAGUAAAGUAGAAUAGAUAGCAUGAAAUAUAAAACUGAUUUCUUCGAUAUAAAUAAUUUAAUAUAUGCGCACGAAAGAAUAUGGUAGGAAUUUUUUCUAUGAUUAUGAAACAUAAAUAGUACACAAUUAUAUAGAUCGAAUUAAACGUAUUUUAGGCUAUCGAAGUUUUGUAUAUAAUGCGUAUUUCAUAGUAAUUUCAUGAUGGAAAUUUUUAAUCGAGGACAAAGUAGAAAAAGAGAGAGAAGGAAGGGAGAGAGAGAGAGAGAGAGAGAGAGAGAGAGAGUGUGUGAGAGAGAGAGAGUGUGUGAGAGAGAGAGAGAGAGAGAGAGAGAGAGAGAGAGAGUAAAUGCGACAGUCUGCAAAGUCAUGACGAUCUUCUUACACCUACCGUUAUUCGAGUCGACCAAAUUCGACUUUACAUUCGAAAUGAACGAUUCGUUCGAACCUAACUGCCAAUACUUGUUAAAGAAUUCAGGUUAUACAUAUAAUAGUCUUUUCUUUGACGAGAAAGAAAUCGUGACGAGUAUUAGCAAUAUCUAUGAUUAUUAUCAUUAAUUAUAGUGAAAGAUAAGAUAAAACAACGUGAAUCUUAAUUCACAUUACGAUUGAAUCGAGUUCAUUCAUAAAAUUAAAAUUAAUGAAUCGAGCGCAUAGUUUCACCACUUGCAGUUUCUCCAAAGUCUGCUUCUCUCUCUCUCUCUCUCUCUCUCUCUCUCUCUCUCUCUCUCUCUCUCUCUCUCUCUCUCUCUCUCUCUCUCUCUCUCUCUCUCUCUCUCUCAUACACAUUCACAUACUCAUUGAGAUAUAAUUAUCGUCAGAAAUUUGAACGCUUGGGAAGCGAAAGUCAUUUCCGACUUACUGUUAGUAAGAUGACUAAGCGUUGAAAUUGAAGUAUAAGAUACUACGAAAGAAUUAAAUAUCAUCAUCGCUGCCAGUUUCGUAUUUGUUAUUGGGUUUGUUAAUUAUCGUCAGUAUUUAUCAAAACGAGGCAGCAUGGCGACCAUGCGUCGAAUUAAAGCGAGAUUUGCAUGUACCAUGCAAGUGUAUGGUAUCUCUCAAUUAUCCAAGAUCUAUCGAAAUGGAUUGCGAUCGUGUUAUUUUUACUCGUGACGCUUUGGACAGUCUCAAGGGACAACCGAUUAUUUCGAUCAGUCAAAGACACUGUGGCUAUCAAAGUUUACCAGAAGAACUCGUUGGAUCUGGUUUGACCUUGAGAGAGUUGGAUCUCUCCGAUAAUUCCAUUUACAAAUUAAUGGAUCGCCAAUUGCAAUCUCAAAAUCAAUUACGUGUAUUGAGAUUAGCCAAUAAUCUUCUCGGCGAUAAUUUGAAUCCUAUUUUUUCGAGCAAUGAAUUUCAUGGUAUGGAAGAAUUACGAAGACUUGAUCUUCGAAAAAAUGGACUUCGAAAUAUCGAGGAAGGAAUCUUUAAAGGUUGUAUCAAUCUUGAAGAACUUUAUUUAGAUGAGAAUAAUAUGACUAUUGUGCCUACUGCUUCGUUGAAAGGACCAAAAGGCAUCAAAAUACUUUCGCUUAUUGGAAAUAAUAUUGGUUCUCUUUCAAGAGGAGCCUUUUUGACAUUGGGCGAAUCUUUGUUACGUUUGGAUCUCAGUAAUAAUGGAUUAUCACAUAUGGAGGAUGGUUCACUUUCUGGAUUAGAACACUUGCUUUUCUUAAAUAUAUCUCGCAACGAUCUCACACGAUUUAAUAGCGAUGUAUUUAAAGGAGCGUACAAUUUAUUACAAUUGGAUCUUUCUGUAAACUACUUACAAGAAUUUCCUACUUACGCUUUGAGACAUUUGACGGAUCUAAAGUUUUUGAAUAUUUCAAAUAACUUAAUUACAGAAAUUGAACGUGUCCAUUUGUUAGGCCUGACCGAAUUACAAGUACUCGAUCUCAGUCGAAAUAAUAUUGGUCGACUUGGAAUAAAUACGUUCUCCAGUCUUUCCUCCCUCACCAGACUCGAUUUAAGCUUGAAUGCUUUACGUACGAUAGAGGAAUCAUCCUUCGAAGGUUUAGUAAAAUUAAAAUGGUUGUCGCUUCAGGAUAACAAUAUUCUAUUAGUACCAGCUACAGCACUAACACGGCUACCAGCAUUGGCUCAUCUUCACGUCGAAUUCAAUCGUGUAGCGGCACUAUCUACGGAAUUAAUUCGAUCUACGUCAUCUAGUCUCGUUACCUUAGGAUUAACGCGUAACUUGGUGCGAGAAAUCCCAGGUCGAUUGUUCUACAAUUUCGAAAAUCUCAUUAGCAUAGAACUUUCUGGCAACAUGCUCUCUAGUAUUUCGCAAAAUACGUUCGCUGGUUUGGAAGAUACGUUAUUGAACUUAGAUGUUUCCUUCAAUCGUUUGACCAGUAUAACUGAACUUCUAUUAAGAAAUUUAUUAUCUUUAAACUUGGCUGGUAAUCAAUUGAAAAGAAUCUCUCCCGAAACAUUCAAACAUCUACCGAGAUUACAAUAUCUUAAUCUCAGCAGUAAUGCUCUUUAUGGAGGAUUUCCACCAAUAUUUCCAUCGUCGUUAACUAUACUUGAUAUAUCGUAUACAGGCUUGAAGAUUUUACCAACAGUUUUAAUGUUAAAUCUGGAAUCUUUAGAAAAGAUUUAUCUGUCUGGAAAUCAUUUGCAAGAGAUAGACGAGGGUACUUUUCAACAUCAUUACAAUUUAUCCGUGAUCGAUUUAUCCAAUAAUUUUAUCGAACGUAUCGACAAUGGAGCUUUCGUCGGCCUGAUCAAUCUUUACGAGCUUAAUCUGCGUGGUAACAGAUUGACGUCUUUCAUCGGAGAAUAUUUCAAUACUGGAACAGGCUUACAAAUAUUGGAUUUAUCGAAUAAUCGUCUGAGUCAAUUAUCACCGACUGCUUUUGUGAUUCAUCCUAGAUUGAGAAGUCUCGAUCUAUCCUAUAACGACUUCGUCCAUUUCCCUAGCGAUUUUAUCAAAUCUCUGCAAUUUUUAGAACGUUUGGAUUUGUCGAGGAAUGAAUUAAGGAACGUCGAUGAAUUUUCUUUCUCACAGAUCGGUCGAUUAUAUACAUUGAAUCUUUCAGGAAACAAGAUAGAAUCUGUCGAAGAACUGGCUUUUCAUAAUUCUACGCAACUUCAAAUAUUGGAUCUAUCUAACAAUGUCUUGGAAACGUUAAGCGAACGUACGAUGGAAGGUUUGUUACGUCUUGAACAUCUUGAUCUUCAGAAUAACAAAUUAGCUUCGUUACCAGAAACUAUAUUCGAUCAAUCCAGAAUUCGUUCAGUGGAGAGCAUCGAUUUAUCAGGAAACUACUUCAAUGAAAUACCGAUAAGAACUUUACAGAGACAAUCGGCAUCGUUGUUCAGUUUAAAGAUAGCAAGAAAUAAGAUGACAGAAGUCUUUACACAAGAUAUAGUCAACAAUGUAAAAGACCUUGAUCUUUCAGAGAAUCCACUUAGCGAAAAUGCUAUACGUGGUAUAUUAGGCGAAGCAAAGAUAUUAAGAUCUUUGAAUUUAGCCCAAACUGGUAUAAAAAUUUUGACCAGACUUGAGACACCAUUUUUAAAACAUCUAAAUCUAUCUGGAAACGAUAUAAUAGACAUCAAACCAGCUAUUCUUGAACGUACUACCAUGUUGGAAAGUCUUGAUUUAUCCAGAAACAAAUUGACAGAUUUCUCGAAUUUGGUGAAUACAUUUAAAAUCCUUCCGACUCUUCAAAGCUUGGAUAUAUCUAACAACGACGUGAAAGCUAUCAAUGAGAGUAGUUUCGAUGGAUUGUCCACGUUACGUUCACUUAAGAUCGCUGAUCUUCCUAAUUGUACUAGAAUAGAAAAGAACGCAUUCAAGCACUUGGGAAAAUUACGUUCGUUAUAUGCCUAUAAUUAUCCUAAACUAGGUUAUUUCGACGUGCAAGGAAUAUUGAAAGGGAUGCCAAAUUUAGAAACUUUAGAUAUUGAAAUCAAAGAUUCAUCUGUGGGAAACGAGCAACUUUCUAUAAGAACGCAUCCUCGUUUGCGAUUAUUAACUUUACGAGGAGAGAGAUUACGCACCGUACUUUCGAGUUCGUUGGUGGGUGUACGUGUACCUUCAUUGUCCCUUGGCCUGAAGAAUACAUCCGUUGACACGAUACCAGCAGCUCUUUUCUUCCCAGUACCACGUUCUACAGUAGUUUCAUUGGAUAUAACUGGGAAUAAAUUCACUACUCUGCCCGUACAAUUGUUAGCUGCUCUCGAUGAAAGAAGUGGUUCCGUAAAACUCACCGGUUUGGAUAGUAAUCCUAUCAAUUGUAACUGCGAAACGAAACAUCUUUGGAGAUGGUUAAAAGGAUUAGGCAAUAGAGCACCUAAUGUUAUUUGUGCAACUCCUGAUUAUGUAUCAGGAAUGUUAUUGAACAAUCUUACCGAGGAAUAUCUUACUUGUGAUCGAACGACUCUUAGCAGAUAUCAAACAACAGAAAUGACACCUUCCUCGAGAUCAACAACAGCUGAACCUGAGAUUAUAUGGACUGUACAACCGACGACUCAGAAUAAUAGAAAUAAGAAUUAUAAUGGAGAUCAUACUAGCAGUGUUUCCGUUGGAAAUGUGUCAAGUACAGAUGACACUUUAAUAAUUGGGAUAGUUGGUGGUGUCGUCGCUUUCAUAGCCAUUAUCGUCAUAGUAAUAUGUAUCUGUCGGCUCAAGUGGAGCACUCAAAUGAACGAAGCUAGAAUGACGGCAGUGGCAUCUAGCAUUCACGAAGCUUCAAUGAUAAGACCUGCGAGUGCUUACUCUGGUAAGAUCAAUCACGAUGUUUACGUGGGAUCUUAUAACGGAUCAACGUUAGGUCGUGGUAACGGUGUACAUGGUUCUUCGGUACCUACCACACCGGUGCAAAUGAUGCCCUAUGUUCAACCAGUUCAUGUUAUGCAUCCAUUUGCACCACCCCCACAGGUAUCUCAACCGUUAUAUGGUUAUUACGAUAAUCCACCGGUACCGAUGUAUGUCACGUGUCCGUCUGAAAAUAAGUUUGAUAGAUAAUAAAACUUACUCAUCUUUUUAAAGAUAUUAUUUUUAAACUAAUCUCUUCGUAACAAUUUCAGUUUAAUUCACACUCGAGACUUAUUCUUUAAUAAGUGAUACUUACCUUACCUACGUAUAUAUAUACGAUAUUUUUCUUGUGGUAGGACGAAAGAAUGAAUAUCCUUGAAUAACCACAUCUGUUAAGCAGAUCGAUGACAUACAUCGAGAUACGUUGUUGUAAUUCUUAUUGAUUGAAUAAAGUGGGGACGCGAUCACAUCUUGUUGCAUAGUAAAAGAAAUUACUAUAGCAAAUAUUAAACGAAUUAUAUUAUAUCUUUUUCGUUAUAGUGAAAUUUUUCAUUUCCGUAUUUGGAUUCGUCUGUAUAUAAUUAUUUGUUAAGAGCGUAUAUGUAUGAAGACACAACAUGAAUAGCAUAUAUA